AUGUCGCGCCUGGUCGCCGUUGAUGAUCCCGCGCGAGCGAACUCAGGCAGGCGGCGGAUGCAGUCCUUGCUGCCAUCUGCACCGAGUAAACGAUUGAUAUUGUGUGAAGAUGGCACAUGGCUGAACUCCGACUCCGGCAGCCUGAAGGGAGACGUUGCCAUCCCGUCCAACAUCACCCGCCUCUCCCGCGCUAUCAAGACGCAAAGCUCGGAUGGCAUACCUCAGGUCACCUACUACCACUAUGGCGUCGGUGCAGGCGGUGGUGUCCUCGACAAGCUCAUGGGCGCCACCGGCGCUGGACUCGCCGAGAUCGUCCGAGAAGGCUACCAGUUUCUCUGUACCAACUGGGUUCGCGGCGAUGAGAUCUUCAUAUUCGGCUUCUCGCGAGGUGCUUAUACCGCUCGUGCCAUUGCUGGCCUGAUAGGCGACGUAGGCUUGUUGACCAAAGCGGGCCUGCCUUUCCUGCCCGAGAUCUUUAGGGAUGUACAGCAUCAGCACGAUGAGCACUAUCAGCCUAGGCAUCCUGACAUCCCAUUCCGGGAUAAGCCUAGUGCCGCAAAUCCGGAAUACGCCGAGACGUUGGAGCGCAAAGGCUUGACGCGAUUGCAUGUUCGAAUCAAGGUGAUCGGGGUAUUUGAUACCGUCGGAAGCCUCGGUACGCCGAAGAUAGGCUGGCUGCAGCGCGUUGGCUUGCAGUCAAACGCGAUGAAGGAGCUCUCGUUCUACGACACAAGCUUAAGCAACUGCAUCGAGCAUGCCUUUCAAGCCCUUGCUCUCGAUGAGCGCCGGUACGCUUUCCAACCCACGCUCUGGGAGAAGCUUCAGGGCAACCGGACAGUCUUGCGGCAAGUAUGGUUUCCGGGGGCUCACGCCAAUAUCGGAGGAGGCUAUGACGACCAGCAGGUCGCAACGCUCACGCUCGCAUGGAUGAUGGCCCAAUGCCAGCCGUUCAUCGACUUUGAUAUCGACUACCUCUUGGACCAGUGGGAGGAUGCAGAAGACUUCUACGAGAAGCACGACCAGAAGCCUAGGCCUUGGUCCUUCGGCAGGAUUUGGGACGGCAUGGCGGGUAUCUAUGCGGUCGGUGGCACCAAGAUUAGGGACCCGGGUCGUUACUGUGUCGUGGACCCCACCAACGGCAAGCAGACGGGUGAGCCGCUAUUGAAUACCCACGAGUACAUUCAUUCUUCGGUCAGAUCAAGGAUCAGGCUCGGCGGACCUGGUAUUAACGACAAGGGCCCGUACGAAUGCAAAGCCUUAGACGACUGGAAACUGGUGAUCGAAGCGCAUGCAGAUGGUGGGAAAUGGCCCGAUGUGUUCUGGAGAUCGAGGUACAGCCCUGAGGAGGGCUUCCAAAGGAUGUUGCCCGAGGCGCCACUCAAGCCUCUGGAGGUCGAGCUGCUGCAGUAUGACCCUGAGACGGCCGAGUACGUGCUCAGGCCUUCCGGAGUACGUCAGCGGAGAAGCAGGAGGGACAGGGACCGUAGUCGACGACCGCCGGAUGACUGGGAGAGUGACCGGAGUCAACGACCACCAUACGACAGGGAGAGAUACAGCAGUCGAAGACCACCCUAUGACUGA